GGGUGAAGGUAAGGUGCUGGGAUUUUGAACAAAAACUUAAAAAAAGCUUGUUGUGAAGCUGCCCAUUGUGUCGUGAUUACGUGGAAGUCAGACAGAAGCAACCCUGACAGGAGAUCCGCAUGCGAACUCACGAGACAAGUCCAAUAUGCUCCAAAACUCUCGGUGGUUUCCCGUUCCUAUAUGCGAAGGCCGGCUUUUUGCAGCUGAAAAACUAUUUGACUCAUAUAGCCAACACACGUCGAGACGUAGGCUAUUUGUCAUAUUGUGCCAGUGGUCACAUGGCUUUGGCCCUCAGGAAUGGAUGGAGAUGGAUCCCCCACGUCAGCUUGUACGUCUAAGGCUUUCUGCUCCAGCAGUCUGUCUCAAAGUGGCUGGAGCGCAGCGUCGCGCAGGAACAAUGCGAGGAUUAUUGCCGUAGAACGACCCCAGCAGCAGAAUAUGGAUUUUGAUGAACGGAUGCCUGGCUCCAGUAUGUAUCUACCAAGCUGCACUUAUUACGUCUCCGGAGCGGACUUCUCGGGUCUCCCUCACUAUUUAACCCAGAACCAGUCCUCCUGCCCCGUCACUUACUCGUACCAGUCCUCAGCGCUCACACAGGUUCCGUCAGUGAGAGACGUGGCUUUCAGAGACUAUGGCAUUGAUGCUUCCAGUAAAUGGCACCACACCAGGGGGAGUCUCUCGCACUGCUACGCCGAGGACGUCGCGCACCGGGACGGCUGGGCAGCCCCCACCUCCAGGGGGCCAGAGAUCCUGGUGAAAGGCGGCCACUCCGGCUCCUCGAACCCGACCCCGGGAUUCUGCGGUAACGUCGGCAGGAACGGCGUCUUGCCGCAGGCGUUCGAUCAGUUCUUUGACACGGCGUACGGGAGCGGGGCGGGCGGCGCCGCUCCGGCUGCAGCGGACUCAGACAGAGGCGGCAAAACGAGCCCGGCUCAGGCUCACCCGGGGUCGGACACGGCGGAGAGCUGCAGCCCGGAGUCACCAUCCGGCCACAGCGAGGAGAAGCAGAGCAGGAGCGGCAGCAGUGGCCAGAGGACGCGCAAAAAGAGAUGCCCGUACACAAAGUACCAGAUCAGGGAGCUGGAGAGGGAGUUCUUCUUCAGCGUUUACAUCAACAAGGAGAAGCGACUGCAGCUCUCCCGGAUGCUUAAUCUGACGGACCGCCAGGUUAAAAUCUGGUUUCAGAACAGGAGGAUGAAAGAGAAGAAACUGAACAGAGACCGUUUACAGUACUACAGCACAAACCCUCUGCUCUGAAAAAGUCCCAAACAAAAACAAAACAAAACAAAACAAAGACUGCUUCCGAGCGCCCUCACACCAAAUCAGGACAAAGGACUUGUUUUUAUCUUUAUUAUUUUGAAAAUCUAAAAAUCUUAAAUAAU